GUGAUUGAGCUCUGGAGGGGGGGGGCCCGGAGUAAGUAAGAGCGAGAACAAACAGCUAUAGCCGGCACGCAGUUGGAUACUUCCCUCAAUCUGCGAGCAGCCGCUGCCUUCGCCACCGCCUUCUUCCUCCCUGUAUGGAGCUUUCCGCUAUUGGGGAGCAGGUGUUUGCUGUGGAGAGCAUCAGGAAGAAGCGCGUAAGAAAGGGUAAGGUGGAAUAUCUGGUGAAAUGGAAAGGAUGGCCCCCCAAGUACAGCACGUGGGAACCUGAGGAACACAUUCUUGACCCUCGUCUGGUGAUGGCUUAUGAAGAAAAGGAAGAAAGAGAGCGUGCCUCAGGUUACAGAAAGAGAGGUCCCAAACCCAAGCGCCUGUUGCUGCAGAGACUAUAUAGCAUGGACCUGAGGAGUGCCCACAAAGGGAAAGAGAAACUCUGCUUUUCUCUGUCCCGGAGGUUUGGGGGAGGAGGAAACAACUUGGCAGGGGCCAAGGGAGGGCAGACAGAACUGUCUGAGAAGAGUGGCGGAGCGGUCCUGCCCUUUCCUCUUCGGAAACAGAGCAAGAACCAGAAGUACCUGCGCCUUUCACGGAAGAAGUUCACCCGCAUGUCAAGCCUGGAGAAUCGGAAUCGUCGUCGAGAAUUUUUCUUGAAGGAACCCAUGGUUCUUGAGGACAGGCAGCCACCCAAUGAUUGGGAUGAUGCAACACAACCUGCUACCAAGGAAGUGGGCCCAGAGACAGCAGAAGUCCCUUUUGCCUGGAGCCCUGCAUUGCCCCCAAAUGAAGUGACAGUUACAGACAUCACAGCAAACUCCAUUACCGUGACUUUCAGAGAAGCUCAGAUGGCAGAAGGCUUCUUCCGAGACCGGAGUAUCCAAUUCUAAAUCUGCUGUUUGUUAACUUUUCUCUCUC